AGAGCCCUGGAGUUGCCAAGCACCCUGCGUGUCCAGGACGGUUCCUACGCUAACAAGGAGCUGCCUGUCCACAGCGCGAGCCACGUCCUGGAUCCUUCUGUCCUCUCCGCCCAGGAAGAGGAAGUGGACAUGGCAGGGUCCGUGCAGAGGCAGUGAUGGCUCCAGUGACCUUGGUCCAGAACCUGCUCAGGGCUGAUGGGCACAGGGAUCCCAUCCGCAUGAAACCACACCACUGUAAACAGCAGACCAAAGGGCUGGUGACUUGCGGAAGACAAAAAUCGGGAACUAUUGAUAGGAAGGCGAAGAGCCUGAGCCACAGCCUCCUGGAGACUCGGAGAGCUCAGCACCAGCGGGCUGAGCCCCUGGCACAGACCAUCCAGAUCCUGUGUGGUGUGAUGGUGUUGAGCUUUGGGAUCAUAUUGGCAGCUGCUCCCGAUUCCCCACAUUUUACCACUGUGUUUUAUACUCUGAUAAAAUCUGCAUACCCGUUUUUAGGAUCCCUGUGUUUCAUUGUCUCUGGGUGUCUCUCCAUCAUCACAGAGAAGAAGUCCACUAAGUCCUUGGUUCGCAGCAGCCUGGCCUGCAGCAUCCUGAGCACUGUGCUGGCUCUGGUGGGUGUCGCUCUGAUCUCUUACACCCUGGCUGCUUUGGAAUCCUCCCUUCAGCAGUGUGAGCUGAGCAGACUGUCUGGGCUGGCCACCCAGUCCUACUUUUACUUUCACCAUGAGGAUUACAGCGACUGCCUCAUUGCCAAAGCCAGUGUGACGGGCGCCCUGUCUCUGAUGCUGCUCUGCUCAGUGCUGGAGCUCUGCCUGGCGGUGCUCACAGCGGUCCUGUUGUGGAAGCAGGCCCAGUCCGACUUCCCUGGGAUUGUGCUCUUCCAGCCUCACAGUCACAAGAACAAUACCAACAUAUUCUCAAAGACACAUGGUAACCCUGGAUAUGAAGAAUUAAUGACUGCUUAAUAAAAGAAAGAGAUAACAUUCAGGAGAGAGUUGGUCUUUAUGGUGACAGAGAAGACAUAUCCUCAAAAGAGAGGAAGGUUAGAGAUUCCUAAAUGCAUGCUCUCUAUACCACAAGCAUUAAAGGCUCUGAUGAAUGUGUUCAGUGAUGCUCUGUUGGUUUGCCUGACAUUGCCCUUUGGAAACACAGUGCAUGUAAGCACUGCUCACUACACUGGUGGAGACGUCCCAGGCCCUUUCUCGGGACACAGCAGAUGUGUCCCAGUGGACCACGGUGGCCCAAAGGACACAGCUCUCUCUUGUCUCCCUAGAUGCAGAUGAACUAGCUCAUCUCGAUGGGGCUGCUGCAAUAUCGGUGGCACUAGCUGUCAUCGCACGUGUUUUACAUAUCUGCUUGCAAAUACAAGUUCCUGCCUUGCAAUCAUAGGACCUUUUAGAAAAGUAGUUGACUUCAAAAUAAAGUCUUUGUAUGACUACAGAUUUAUAUGAAAAUUUUUUAUUUUUUCUUGAAGCACAGAGUAAGUCAAUAAUGAUAGUUAAAAAUGUAAAUGCAAAGUCCCUUUACUCCCCACUGGACAGUUUAACAAAUAAAG